AUGCAAGGAACAGGUCAGGGAAUGCAUGGAACAGGUCAGGGGAUGCAAGGAACAGGUCAGGGGAUGCAAGGAACAGGUCAGGGGAUGCAAGGAACAGGUCAGGAGAUGCAAGGAACAGGUCAGAAGAUGCAAGGAACAGGUCAGAGGAUGCAAGGAACAGGUCAGGGGAUACAAGGAACAAGUCAGGGGAUGCAAGGAACAGGUCAGGGGAUGCAAGGAACAGGUCAGGGGAUGCAAGGAACAGGUCAGGGGAUGCAAGGAACAGGUCAGGGGAUGCAAGGAACAGGUCAGGGGAUGCAAGGGACAGGUCAGGGGAUGCAAGGGACAGGUCAGGGGAUGCAAGGAACAGGUCAGGGGAUACAAGGAACAGGUCAGGGGAUGCAAGGAACAGGUCAGGGGAUGCAAGGAACAGUUCAGGGGAUGCAAGGAACAGGUCAGGAGAUGCAAGAAACAGGUCAGGGGAUGCAAGGAACAAGUCAGUGA